GUACUAAACACAGAUUAGCAGCAGCACUAGUACACAGUGAACAUACGAAGCACUGAAGCAGUAGCCACCUAACAUUGUACUGCCAUACGCGUUGCUGCAUUGCAUGGCAAGAAUGCGCGUCUCGGCGGCGGCGCUGUUCGUGGCGGUGGUGGUGGCGUCGCCGCUGCUAGCCGCGUCGCAGCAGCCGCCGGCGAUGGCGCCGGCGGCGAACAACUCGAGGCUGGAGAAGGCGUACGUGGCGCUGCAGGCGCUGAAGCGCGCCAUCACGGACGACCCCAAGAACCUGACGCACAGCUGGUGCGGGCCGGAGGUGUGCAACUACUUCGGCGUGUACUGCGCGGCGGCGCCCGACGACCCGUGCGCGCGCACGGUGGCCGGCGUGGACCUCAACCACGGCGACCUCGCCGGCACGCUGCCGGAGGAGCUCGGCCUCCUCUCCGACCUCGCCGUCUUCCACCUCAACUCCAACCGCUUCUGCGGCUCCCUCCCCGACUCCCUCCGCAACCUCCACCGCCUCCACGAGAUCGACGUCAGCAACAACCACCUCUCCGGCUCCUUCCCUUCCCAGCUCCUCUGCCUCCCCGACCUCAAAUACGUCGACCUCAGGUUUAACAACCUGUGCGGCGAGGUGCCGGCGGCGAUCUUCGAGAAGAAGAUAGACGCGCUGUUCAUCAACAACAACAACUUCGACUUCAAGCUGACGGAGAGCUUCAGCAACUCGACGGCGUCGGUGAUCGUGCUGGCGAACCUGCCGAAGCUGGGGGGCUGCCUGCCGAGCAGCAUAGGCGACAUGGCCGGGACGCUCAACGAGCUGGUGCUCCUCAACAGCGGCAUCUCCUCCUGCAUCCCGCCGGAGAUCGGGAAGCUGGACAAGCUCACCGUGCUCGACCUCAGCUUCAACAGCAUCGCCGGCGCGCUGCCGGACACCAUCGGCCACAUGCGGGCGCUGGAGCAGCUCAACGUCGCGUACAACAGCCUCGCCGGCGAGAUCCCGGAGGCCAUCUGCGAGCUGCCCCACCUCAAGAAUUUCACCUACUCGCACAACUUCUUCUGCGGCGAGCCGCACCGCUGCCUCGAGGUGCCGCACGUCGACGACCGCCAGAACUGCAUCGCCGGCCGCCCCGACCAGCGCUCCGGCGAGGAGUGCAUCGCGUUCCUGCACCGCCCGCCGGUGCACUGCGACGCGCAUGGGUGCAUCGCGCCGCUGUCGCCGCCGCCGCCGCCGCCGCCGCCGAUGCACUAUGCUCCUCCUCCACCGGUAUACUGAUCUGCGGUAAAACUGUAAUUGUUGCAACUGUUUGCUGCCUUUGAGAUGUGAGGAAAGGUAAAUCAGCAAGUGUAUACAUAAGGUAUAUUACAGUAAUCUUUAUUUUUCUGAAAAGAAUGCAAUAAUGGAUUGACAGAUUGCAUUGCAGAACCCAACUGAAUAUGGCACAUUAAGAGAUUAUCAGUU